GAGACCGAGGCCUGGCGCUAGUGAACCAGAGCUGUAGCCGAAGGGACACUGUCUCUGUAGUACUGGAGCAGUAAGGAUCUAGCAGCGGCGGGAAAAUACCUGAAAGUCCCUCCCUGCAACAGCUUCACCGGUGCGACACGUUUUUUGGCCGGAAACCGAAAGAAUAAAUCGGAAGUGACGUCGCGGUCAAAACAAGCCGGGGGGUGGGGCCCUGCAGUGAAUCUGGCAGCAGAUGGGAAGUCCCGACUCGCUGUGGGCUGUCGAAGGCGGUCGCCAGGCCUUUCGCUCCCACACGGUCGGCCUCCGACCCCUAUCCCCGGGACCAGCCCGCCGCGGUUGAGCCAGAGUUUCCGCGCUCCCUACCCGAGCCGCGCUGGGAUUUUUCGGGCAGAGUUGGCGGGAGGCGACAGAGCGGACUUCCCUCCCUGCAACAGUCUCCCCUCCAGCGGGUUCCUGUCCUGGGACGCCGGGACACCUGUGGGCUAUGUUUUAAUACCCAAAUUUGAAGAAUACACUGUAUGCCAUUCUUAUAAAACCAAGGGGAAAUCAUGAAGAAAUGUUUUAAUUAUUGAAACUACAGUUGAAAUCAUGGCUACAUCAGCAAAUUUGGAUAUUGGAGCCCAGCUGAUAGUAGAAGAGUGCCCCAGCAGUUACAGUCUAACUGGCAUGCCAGACAUUAAAAUAGAACAUCAGCUGGACUCAAAUGCAGAAGAAGGAUCAGCUCAGGGUGUUUCCAUGGGGAUGAAAUUCAUACUGCCUAACAGAUUUGAUAUGAAUGUCUGUUCUCGGUUUGUGAAGUCCUUAAAUGAAGAAGAUAGUAAAAAUAUUCAAGAUCAAGUUAACUCUGACCUGGAGGUGGCAUCUGUCCUAUUUAAAGCUGAAUGCAGUAUCCAUACAUCUCCUUCUCCGGGAAUUCAAGUAAGGCAUGUCUACACUCCCUCUACAACAAAGCACUUCUCACCCAUAAAACAGUCAACUACUUUAACCAACAAACACAGAGGAAAUGAGGUCUCAACCACACCUCUGUUAGCAAAUUCUUUGUCUGUUCACCAGUUGGCUGCUCAGGGAGAGAUGCUCUACCUGGCUGCUCGUAUUGAACAAGAAAAUGUUAUCAAUCACACGGACGACGAAGGAUUUACUCCUCUGAUGUGGGCUGCAGCACACGGGCAAAUAGCUGUGGUAGAGUUUCUACUUCAGAAUGGUGCUGAUCCCCAGCUUUUAGGAAAAGGUCGAGAAAGUGCACUGUCAUUAGCCUGUAGUAAGGGCUACACAGAUAUUGUCAAAAUGCUGCUGGAUUGUGGAGUUGAUGUAAAUGAAUAUGACUGGAAUGGAGGGACGCCUUUGCUUUACGCUGUACAUGGAAAUCAUGUGAAAUGUGUAAAAAUGCUCUUAGAAAAUGGAGCUGACCCAACAAUUGAAACCGACUCUGGAUACAAUUCUAUGGAUCUAGCUGUAGCCUUGGGCUAUAGAAGUGUUCAACAGGUUAUUGAGUCACAUUUACUGAAACUGCUUCAGAACAUCAAGGAGUAGACAUAGUCAUCAGAAAGUGUUGUCUGCCCUUCCGUUUACUUUUGGCCCUUAUAAAUGAUAGUUUUGUUUACUUAUAAAUUUUUACCUCAGUUGCAAUAUUGACUGAUUUUUAGUAAGUUUUAAUAAAUAUUCCUCUGAGUAAUUCACUGGUUUAUAAUAAAAUUAAUGUUGAUGCUUUUUUAUAAAUGUGUUUUACCACAUAUUUAAAAUUAUAAAUGAGUGUUUUGUGGCAUGUAAAUUUUUAUGGUACAGAUAGUUAUCUGUGUUUGUAUCAAGUGCUGUAAUUUAACAUUUUUGGAAAUUAUUCUGCACUAUUCAUCUUCACUCUUGUAUUAACUCAUUGACUUUAUAUAGAGUUUGCUAUAAAUCCAUAGGAAAAAAAUUUGUUAUUAUUGAAUUUAAAAAUGCACAGUGUGGUUGUUUACAAAAUGAUAUUAUAAAUGAAUAAAGUACUUUUCUUCUGUUAGUUUGCAUGCAGGUUGUUCUUUUUCCAUUGCAUAAGAUUAUUAAGGUAUCUCUUUGGGAUUUUUAGUUUAACCCUUCUGUCCUGCCAGGAUACUCCAUUAGAUCAAAC